AGUCCGGUGCAGGACGUGGGGCUUUUGCAGCCCAGCUGGUUCCGGCUGGGGAAGAUGGCGGUGGCUGGGGCGGUGUCCGGGGAGCCGCUGGUGCACUGGUGCACCCAGCAGUUGCGGAAAACUUUCGGCCUGGAUGUCAGCGAGGAGAUCAUUCAGUAUGUUUUGUCAAUUGAGAGUGCUGAAGAGAUACGAGAAUAUGUUACUGAUCUCCUCCAGGGAAAUGAAGGCAAAAAAGGUCAAUUCAUAGAAGAACUUAUAACCAAAUGGCAAAAGAAUGAUCAGGAGUUGAUUUCUGAUCCUUUGCAGCAGUGCUUCAAAAAAGACGAAAUUUUAGAUGGGCAGAAAUCAGGAGACCAUCUAAAGCGGGGUAGGAAGAAAGGGAGAAACAGACAGGAAGUUCCUGCGUUUACUGAACCUGACACGACUGCAGAAGUUAAAACACCUUUUGAUUUGGCCAAGGCACAAGAGAACAGCAACUCCGUAAAGAAGAAAACAAAGUUUGUCAAUUUAUACACAAGAGAGGGACAGGACAGGCUUGCAGUCCUGCUCCCUGGUCGCCACCCUUGUGAUUGCCUGGGCCAGAAGCACAAGCUCAUCAAUAACUGUCUGAUCUGUGGGCGCAUUGUCUGUGAACAAGAAGGCUCUGGCCCUUGCUUAUUCUGUGGCACUCUGGUGUGUACUCAUGAGGAACAAGAUAUUUUACAGCGUGACUCAAACAAGAGCCAGAAACUGCUAAAGAAACUCAUGUCAGGGGUGGAGAAUUCUGGAAAGGUGGACAUCUCUACCAAGGACCUUCUUCCUCAUCAAGAAUUGCGAAUUAAGUCUGGUCUGGAGAAGGCUAUCAAGCAUAAAGACAAACUGUUAGAGUUUGACAGAACUAGUAUUCGAAGGACCCAAGUCAUCGAUGAUGAGUCAGAUUACUUUGCCAGUGAUUCUAACCAAUGGUUGUCCAAACUUGAGCGGGAAACCUUGCAGAAGCGAGAGGAGGAGCUGAGAGAACUUCGACACGCCUCUCGACUUUCUAAGAAGGUCACCAUUGACUUUGCAGGAAGGAAGAUCCUGGAAGAAGAAAAUUCACUAGCAGAAUAUCAUAGCAGACUAGAUGAGACAAUACAGGCCAUUGCCAAUGGAACCUUGAACCAGCCACUGACCAAAUUGGAUAGAUCUUCUGAAGAGCCUUUGGGAGUUCUGGUAAAUCCCAACAUGUACCAGUCCCCUCCCCAGUGGGUUGACCACACAGGUGCAGCCUCACAGAAGAAGGCUUUCCGUUCUUCAGGGUUGGGACUAGAGUUCAACUCGCUUCAGCACCAGUUGCGAAUCCAGGAUCAAGAAUUUCAGGAAGGCUUUGAUGGUGGCUGGUGCCUCUCUAUACAUCAGCCCUGGGCUUCUCUGCUUGUCAGAGGGAUUAAAAGGGUGGAGGGCAGAUCCUGGUACACCCCCCACAGAGGACGACUUUGGAUAGCAGCCACAGCUAAAAAACCCUCCCCUCAAGAAGUCUCAGAACUCCAGGCUACAUAUCGUCUUCUUCGUGGGAAAGAUGUGGAAUUUCCUAAUGACUAUCCGUCAGGUUGUCUUCUGGGCUGUGUGGACCUAAUUGACUGCUUGUCCCAGAAGCAAUUUAAGGAGCAGUUUCCAGACAUCAGUCAAGAAUCUGAUUCUCCAUUUGUUUUCAUCUGCAAAAAUCCUCAGGAAAUGGUUGUGAAGUUUCCUAUUAAAGGAAAUCCAAAAAUCUGGAAACUGGAUUCCAAGAUCCAUCAAGGAGCAAAGAAGGGGUUAAUGAAGCAGAAUAAAGCUGUCUGACCUAGGAGAGAAUGAACUAUACAGCAUAGUGGAGUUUUAUGUACUAAAAUUGCUAUCUACUGGUCCUUUGGAAUUGAAGUAGUAGAAACCUAAAGGCUCGGCAUCAGGCUUGAAUAUCUCAGAACUUAAACUCUUACCAAAACCUGUAUAUUUUUCUUAAGGAGUGGGAUUCCUACUUUAUGUAAUGGGUCAAAAUCUUUGAAUACAUUAUUUAUAAAAACCUAUUUAAAAAUUCUAA